UUGGGAAGUCCAGCAGAAGACCUUCCGCCGUCCUCCGAAGAUGCAGGCCUUAACGGCUCCUCUGCAGCAGUUCAUCGGUGCAGUCAAAGACAACGGCAACAGCCUCAUUUUCAGCGUUCUCAUUUUCUGUUUCCACGAACAAAACAGCACAUUCCCAUGCACCUGUAAACAUCAGACCUCCUACUGCACCACCUACAUGGUUUGUCCGUUUUUCAUCAUCACCAGUCUGAUGCUGCUGACCGACCAGGCCUUUCGCAGAGCGUGGAGAUACACCACCACAAAGGGCUGUCAUUUCGGUUUGGUUUUGUGUCGCCGUGUGGUCAAAGCGGUGUGCAUCGGCAGCCUGUGGGUGGUAUCGGUGCUGAUCAGAGCCGACUGGUACGUCUGCUGUUGGAAUCCAAACUCCGUAUCUGUGGCUCGCCUACAAUGUCAAUCUCAAGUUGUCACCAAUCCUGAUGUUGUAACCGUCAAAGAAAUGGAGAUCAAUUCACGGAUGUAUGGAAUGGCUUUGCUCCUGGGCAUCACGGUGAUGGCGGCCUUGUUGCUGCCGGCGUGGACCGUCUUCACCAAAGGUAAAGAUGCUGAAGGUAAAGGUGGAGGAUGCUGUUCGAGUCAAGUUCAGGUGGACGAGCUGCUUCUGGAAGUGCAGGAAGAAAUCUUAACGAAAACUAUCAAAGAAAACAAACAAAAGUGAUGACUGAGAGUCUGAACUCGCACAUCUCCAAAGGAGACUGGGUGAGAUGUUUCCACGUUGUUGAUGACUUCAUUGAUGAACAUCCUCCAGUCGUUGCCGAGGUAACUGAAAUAUCUUCUAUGUAAACACAAUCAGAUGUAAAGAUGACUUUCAGUACGUUACUAUGUAAAAGUUGUUAUCCAACAUUAUAAGUGUUGGUUUAGUAAAGUUUAAUGUCCACACAUAUGCAUUUAUCUGUAAUUAGAUCCAAUCUGACAUAUGUGAAGUAUGAACAGCAGGAAAAACUACAGUUUUAGGGAAAAAAACAGCUUCAUUAAACCAAAGUGCUCAUAUUUAGUGUGACCUCCCUUUGUAUUUAACAUGUCUUUAACCCUUUAGUUCAGACAGAAUGAGAUUUAUGGCUUUCAUUUUCUAAUGUUUUAUACCAGUAACAAACUGAAGCAAAAAAAAAAAAAAAAAGAGCAA